GGUGUGUUGGCUAUUGUGUCUCACAGCUCUUGUACAAAUCUCCUUGAGAAAAAUCUCAAGUUUAGAGCAGACGUCUCCAGCGCUCAUCUUUCGCUGUUAAAACUCCAACAAUCAGCAAAAUGUCUGCUCUCCAGAGGAUUGCCAAGCCCUUCGUUCAGAGGGUGACUGCCCGAAACAUGUCCAGCAUCGAGACAUGGCAGAGGCCCACAUACGACGUCCUUCCCGUCCCCAAGGGCUCCUGGCAGGCAGACUAUGACAAGAAGAACGCCAAGGCCAACAUCGUCCUAGCCGUCGGCAUCGUGACUUUCACCGCCUCCAUGCUGCACGCGCUUAUUGAUCCUCUGCCGCCGGUCACCAAGGCUGACCUGCCAGCUGAUCCUCGCACCCUAUAAUAAAUUAAAUUUAGUUACUAUCGUGCUCUGGAUAGAACCUUGUUACAACUUUGUUUGAAUAAUGUGCAAUAACAUUCAUCAGCAUUGAAAUAUUCUUUGUUUCAUUCUCCUAUUUGCUUGGCACAUGUCUUAACAGAUGUCACUCAAUAUAUAAUAAAUAAAUAGGUAAUAAAUUUACAACUCCUCUA